ACGCAACAUUUCACACUCUGCCGGAUAAUUGGCAUCCACGCCGCCGAGCACAGGAGGAGAGCAGAAGCACAGCCGCGUCUGAGAGGAGUCAGCCAUCCACACCGCCGUAUCAAACAUCCAGGAAAUCUCUCUGACACCAUGGAGCAGAAACAAACCAUCAACUUUGGAGCCGGACCUGCUAAACUGCCCCAAUCCGUGCUGCUACAAGCACAGAAGGAGCUCCUCAGCUACAGCGGCCUCGGUAUUAGCGUUCUUGAGAUGAGUCACCGAUCAGGAGACUUCGGCAAAAUCCUCAACAAGACAGAGGGUCUCCUGCGAGAGUUGUUAAACAUCCCAGACAACUACAAGGUGAUGUUCCUGCAGGGCGGUGGGACUGGACAGUUCAGCGCUGUCCCCCUCAACCUGAUUGGUCUUAAAGAGGACAGGUGCGCAGAUUACCUGGUGACCGGCACGUGGUCGGCAAAAGCAGCACAAGAGGCGGCGAAGUAUGGCAAAGUCAACAUUGUCCACCCAAAGCUGGACAGUUACACCAAAAUCCCCGACCCCAGCAGCUGGACCCUGAACCCCUCAGCCUCCUAUGUGUACUACUGCUGCAACGAGACGGUCCACGGCGUGGAGUAUAACUUCAUACCUGAAACAAACGGGGUGGUCCUCGUCAGCGACAUGUCCUCCAACUUCCUGUCUCGACCUGUGGAUGUAUCGAAGUUUGGGCUGAUUUAUGCCGGAGCUCAGAAGAACGUGGGCUGUGCUGGGGUCACUGUGGUCAUCGUGCGAGAGGACUUGAUAGGCCACGCGCUCAAAGAGUGUCCCAUUGUCCUGGACUACAAGGUGCAGGCUGAAAAUAACUCACUUUACAACACGCCGCCGUGUUUCAGUAUCUACAUCAUGGGUCUGGUUCUGGAGUGGAUCAAGAACAAUGGAGGCAGUGCUGCCAUGGAGAGGCUCAACAAGCAGAAGUCUUCCAUGAUCUAUGACAUCAUCAACGGCUCUAAUGGCUUCUAUGAGUGUCCCGUAGAUGUGAACUGUCGCAGCCGUAUGAACAUACCGUUUCGUGUGGGGAAGAAAGAAGGAGACGAAGCCUUGGAAAAAGAAUUUCUGGCCGGUGCGGUCGAACGUGGAAUGAUAUCUCUGAAAGGACACAGGUCAGUUGGAGGAAUUCGUGCCUCUCUGUACAACGCUGUAACACUGGAGGACACUGAGACCCUGGCCACCUAUAUGAAAGAGUUCCUGAAAGAGCACCAAUAAAACAGGCCAGUCUCUCAGUCAGCUGAUCUCACACAGUGGCAUUUUACUACUCAGUACUUAAAAUAAAACUCUGGUACUUCUAGCUGAGGUCCAUGUUGGAUCCUGAAGGUGCACCGUUAGGCACAGAUUUUGUAAAACCUGGUCAUUGUUCCUAAUCAGCUUUAACCACUACUGCUGCCAGUAAUGUCUUAAAAUACAUGUGUGUUUCUUAGAAUUAUUAUUUUAAUUAAUUUGUUGACUAACAGUGCUUUAAUGUACAUACUGUAGGUAAGUCUUGUUACUUGUUGAAAAUAUAUUUACAUUCCAGUAAAGUAAGUUUCACAGCAUAUUUUUUUUGUCUUGAGUGCCUUUUACUAUAAAUCACAUUAUAAACUACAUCAUUUAAAACCAUUUAAAACCAAUAUCAGUCGGCAUCAUGUUUCCAUGAAAGUAUUUUAUGUGGAUUUUGAAGUAUUGCGUUAAAAAUGCUGCAUGGAAGCGGCAAAAUUCGAUAAAACUUCCUGAACUGCACAAAAAAGUUUUCACGUUUGCCCUGAGGUGGUUUUUACAUCAGUCGAAAAAGAGUUUGAACAAUAAAUGGGAUAUAGAAACGCUUUCGCCAAGUGAUUUCUGAUGUAGCAGACAUUUAACUCACAUUCAUUCAUAACUUUUUGUAUUGGCCCAGUUGAAUUUUGUAAUAAUAAUGUGUGGUUAUUACAAAGUCUCACAGCACACCAUUUAAGAACCACUGGCCUAUACUGCCAUUUUCUGACGAAACUACACAUCUCAUAGCCUUGUUUAUUCGCUUUAUUCUGUAGUUUUUAUUUUCAUUUUGUUUCUUAUUUUGUUUUAUAAUUCAGUUUAGUUUCAGUUAGUUUUCAGAGAAAGGCCGCUUGAUUCAGUUUAGUUUUUAUUAUUUAAAAAUGUUUA